GGUUUCGAUGUUUGACUAACCAUGAAGCAGAGCACGCUUUUCAAGCAGUGGGGAAAGCGGAAGAAAACUGACUCAACAUCAUCAGGAUCUUCAACGUCGAAAAAGACGUCCAAGCCUUCAAGUUCGAAAAAUCCUUCAGCAUUUUCAGGAUCUUCUGCUAAAAGAGCUAAGAUCCAGAAACGAGGUCAAGGUCAGAGCUCAACUGGUGCUGUUAGUUUUGGAAAAGGACGGGGUAAAGACCGUGUAGUUCCUGCCCAAGUUGCGAGAGUCGAGCCGGUUGUAUCAAGUCGUCCGAAAACAGCAGCGAAUCGCGAGUUCUUUGCGCAUGAUUCCGCUGUCGAAUUGGUUAAUUAUGAUCCAGUUCGAAUGCUGGACCAAGUAUGUGAUGAGCAAAUGCACGAGGUCGAUGACCAACUGAACGACGAUGACUUGUUAAUAGCUGCCUUGGAAUUGGAGAAGCUAGAAAGCGAUUCAAAGCGGUGUGCUGAUGGGUUUGACUCGGCCGCAGGAAUGGAGUGGAUUUAUCCUGUGAACUUACCAGUGAGGGAUUACCAGUUGGAAAUAGUGCAAACCGCCCUCUUCCAUAACACAAUGGUAGUUCUACCUACGGGAUUGGGAAAAACUUUCAUUGCUGCAGUUGUAAUGUACAACUACCACAGAUGGUUUCCAAGAGGGAAAGUGGUCUUCUUGGCGCCCACUAAGCCAUUGGUGGCCCAACAGAUAGCUGCAUGUACAGACAUCAUGGGACUAAGCAGAGAUGACACCGUUGAGCUAACAGGAGCCAUGAACCCCAAGAAACGUGAGCAGUUGUGGAGUGACAAGUGUCUGAUGUUCCUGACCCCACAGACUAUGGCCAAUGACCUCUCCCGUCUUGUGGUUGACCCCAACACAAUCAGGCUGCUCAUGAUUGACGAGGCCCACAAGGCCAAAGGCAACUACGCUUACUGUCAGGUCGUGUCCAAAAUCUCAGAAUACAAUUCCCAGUUCAGAAUAGUCGCCCUGACUGCAACUCCGGGAAGUGACGCGAAAAGUGUUCAAGAGGUGGUGGAAAACCUGAAGAUUUCACGUGUAGAGGCGAGGACUGAACAGCAAUUAGCACAAUACUGUCACGACAGGAGCGUGAAAACUCACGUGGUUCAGUUGACAGGACCGAUUUUAGAGAUCAGAAAUCAAUUUCUUCACACGAUUUUGAUGCCUUUGGUGGGCAAAUUGCGUCACUCGGGGGUACUAUGGAACAAGAAUGCAGAGCAAUUGUCUCGAUUUGAACUGAGGGCGGCAUGGGUCAAAUUUCAACAGAAGCAGGCGCAGCAACACACCUCAAACUCAACGAUGUCACAGUGUUUCUACGUGGGCCAUUUUCUCUACCAAGCCUGGGAUCUGCUCAACAACCAGGGUCUGAGGUCCACCUAUGUCCACCUAAGAGACGGGAUAGACGGAGGAAAAGCGAAGAAUCUGAAGACUUCCUUCAGACAGAAUGCGCAACUGAUGGCAGUCUAUUACAAAUUGAAAACCAUUCUGCUUAUUGACUGGCCACCAGUAGGCGGGGCAAUAAGCAGAAUGUUCCAAGUGCAGAAUGGGUCCAAGAGCAGAAAAACAUUGACUUAUAUUGGAGCCAUGAACCCCAAGAAACGUGAGCAGUUGUGGAGUGACAAGUGUCUGAUGUUCCUGACCCCACAGACUAUGGCCAAUGACCUCUCCCGUCUUGUGGUUGACCCCAACACAAUCAGGCUGCUCAUGAUUGACGAGGCCCACAAGGCCAAAGGCAACUACGCUUACUGUCAGGUCGUGUCCAAAAUCUCAGAAUACAAUUCCCAGUUCAGAAUAGUCGCCCUGACUGCAACUCCGGGAAGUGACGCGAAAAGUGUUCAAGAGGUGGUGGAAAACCUGAAGAUUUCACGUGUAGAGGCGAGGACUGAACAGCAAUUAGCACAAUACUGUCACGACAGGAGCGUGAAAACUCACGUGGUUCAGUUGACAGGACCGAUUUUAGAGAUCAGAAAUCAAUUUCUUCACACGAUUUUGAUGCCUUUGGUGGGCAAAUUGCGUCACUCGGGGGUACUAUGGAACAAGAAUGCAGAGCAAUUGUCUCGAUUUGAACUGAGGGCGGCAUGGGUCAAAUUUCAACAGAAGCAGGCGCAGCAACACACCUCAAACUCAACGAUGUCACAGUGUUUCUACUUGGGCCAUUUUCUCUACCAAGCCUGGGAUCUGCUCAACAACCAGGGUCUGAGGUCCACCUAUGUCCACCUAAGAGACGGGAUAGACGGAGGAAAAGCGAAGAAUCUGAAGAGUUCCCUCAGACAGAAUGCGCAACUGAUGGCUGUCUAUAACAAAUUGAAAGAGCGGUUUGAAGGCAGGCUGCUGAGUCACUUGGAUGCUUCCCUCAUGCUAGCAACACAAGCACAACCUAGCCCAAAUUCAACUGCAAUAGACGCAGAUUGUUCACGGGGCUCUCCUGGCGGAAGAGUUACCUCAAGAGAUCAACAGUAUUAUCACAGUCAUCCGAAGCUGGAAAAAUUAGAACAGAUUGUGUUGGAUCAUUUCACGACUAGCUCUGACUGGCGCGGCACUCGUGUCAUGAUUUUCUCCACUUUCCGAGAAAGUGUUCACGAAAUAACUGAAAUGCUAAUGCGGCAUCAGCCAAUGAUCAAAGCAAUGAGUUUUGUUGGCCAGGGCAACCAGAACACUGGAGGAGGAUCGAAUCACUCCGCCUCCGAUUUUAAUGCAGCAACCGAAGAUUACAUACGUUUUGGGGAUAGUGAUUUGAAUGGCGAUCUUGAUGCUUCGAUGGAUGAAGUUUCCACUUGUAGUGUAGCUAAGAAGGGAGACACUGCUGGCAAAGCAAUUCCUGGCAGGGGGCUAAAACAAGCGCAUCAAAAAAGGAUAAUUGAGAAGUUCAAGUCCGGUCACUUCAACGUGCUAGUGUCCACGUGUGUGGGUGAGGAGGGACUAGACAUAGGGGAGGUGGACUUGAUAGUGAACUUCGACACCCCCAAGAGUCUCGUCAGACUCAUCCAGAGGGCGGGUAGGACUGGCAGGAAAAGACAAGGGGUGGUUCAUGCUAUACUCACCGCGGGAAAAGAAGAAAGGUCUUAUAACAAUAGCAACUCAUCGGGUGACAACAAAAUGGACAAAGUUUUGGACUUUGUCUUCUCGAAGUUUAUCAAAAUGAACCCUGACAAUCCACGUGUUAUACCACUUGACGCAAACCCGGUAGUGGUGAAAAUGUUUCUAGCGAAAGUCAAACCGGAAAAUCCUUGCUUAGAUUCAGUGACGACUAGUGAAAAAAUAAAAACGAAGGUAAAAGAAAAGGCCAGGGAAAAGAUCAAAGACCAAGUUAAGGUCAAAGAAAAGGUCAAGGAGAAGAUAACGGAGCCAAAGAAACCACUUAGCCGAAACAAGAAGAAACAGAAUGAAGAGGAAGAGCGGAAAAAGCGUGAAAUUGAAAUGGAUUCUAUAUUCGGUGAAUACGAAAACAAUGAAGAAAAAAUGACUGUCGAAGACCAUAUUUUAGAACCAAACAUGGCUGAAUCUCAAAAUGAUAUCAAUUUCGAACUUGAAUUUGCCAAAUUUGAAUCGGUCAACGAUGAUAUUACAACAAUGCCGAGGAUAGGAAAUAAAACUCCGCCUUUGUCUAGAAAGGUUGGUUUGGCAGAUAGUAUCACUAGCUCUAAGUCGAAAAGUUUUGCUAAAAAAGAGAAACCAGAUACUGAGGAAUAUUUGAUGGCGCUUAAAUAUUUUCCACUUCCUGAUCAAUUAUUGGAACAGUUCAACAAAAUAGUCGAAGCUGACAAUGCAGCAGCUGAAAACAUCAAGAACUUGUCAGGUUUGUGCAGCGAUAGGAAAAUUCAUUCGUUGCAAGAAAUUCGCGGCAAUGAGCCUCUCACCAACCGAACCAAUGAGUUAAAACUUAACACGACUCUGGAAACUGUUCAAAAUGAUCAGUUUGUACUUGAUGAUAAACAAAUAAUAGGUGAUUUGAAAGCAACUGCUAGCAAGGAGAAUACUACUAGAUUAAGCAAGGAGAUUAUACAUGUGGACGAAAGUUCUAAUUCUACAAGUAUAGAAAUUGUUGAUCAAAAACAUGAUAUUUCAGACCACAAUUUAUCCGAUUAUUUGAAUAUUUUGGACAAAGAAGAAUUGGUAAUGAGUAAUCAGACUUCACAAUCUAUGGGAAUCGAAGAUAGAAGUGGACGUGAUUGUUUAGAUAUUUCAUGCAAAGAAGAAUUGCCAAUGGCUAAUGAUGCCUUGAAUGUUUCUGAAAUCGAAAACAAAAGUGAAGUUAGCCUGGCUAACAAAACUGUUAGUUCUAUACUAGAAAAAAUCCGCUCUUAUUACGGUUCGCUCAGUGUUCCGUUGUUCGAAUCAAAUUUAACUAAAACUUUCGAAAUGAAUUAUGAGUUUAAGUUUAUCAAACCAGAAGAAAGUCAUUCGGUUUUCACGCGUUCAUCACUUACUGAAGUUCCUUACUUGAAUACACCAGGAAACCCUAAUUUAUCUGGAAAAAUUGAGAGGUCGAAUUUGUCAUCUUAUGCUGGAAAUAGUAAUAUCACGACAACUCUUCUAUUUGAAAGCGAAAAGAGUUACUCGGCUCCAGUGUUCUUACCGAAUUGGGAUAAAUCGUUAACGAAUUGUGAUAAGAAAAUUGCAAUUGUUUCUCCGAUGAAAGUGGAUACGAAAUCUAAUCGACGAGAUUUGUUGAAUUUUCAAAGUUUGCUUUCUGAAAACAAAUCUAUGGAUGAUAGAAGCAGCGUUCGGUGCACCAAUGAAAAAACAGCCCCAACGAAAUUGAAGAAAAAAAGUAUUUCUUUGAAUCAGAGUUCUGAUUCUCCUGAAACAUCGCACCGAUUUAAAAAUGCAAGGAAGACAAUGCGAGGUUUUAGUUUUCCGGAACCAAAAAUGCCUGAUCAGAUGAGCGAAAAAAAUGCACAUAUGCAUCCAAAAUCCAAAAAUUUGAAGCUGCUUAAUUUUGAACAAUCUGAUUCCAGCGUGAAUAAUAUAAAUACUUCACACGGUUGCAGUAGUCAUAGGUUCUCAGAAUUGAAAAUGGCGGAGAAUGUCAAAAAUAAUAAAAGAAAGAAAAUGAAAACAAAAAAGUUGGCUAUUAAAAAUUUCUUGGCGACUCAAGCAGCUGCGAGUGACGAAGAUGAAGAUGAUGACGAAGAUUAUCUGUCAGAUUGGACAAGUCAAGAUGUGAAAUUUUUAGCCUCCCAGUCUGUUCAUGAUACAUCCGAUAUGCGCUAUGUGUACAUGCGAUCAGUGAACCCUACUUCGCCUGAUGUGACCUUGUCUGACCUGCACAAGUACAUCAGACAGCCGAGACAGAAAUUGAGUAAGAGUGCAGUGAUGUCACAGGCAGUUGAUCAUCUCGAAGAGUCGAGCUACAUGCAGGAUAGUUUCUUCGUGGCCGACGAUGAAGAGAUUGUCUAUUCGGAAUCAGAAGAAGAUGAAGACGAGGAAGAGAGUGCAGAAAGCUGUGAAUCAGUAGAGAUAACGAGCCGUUUGAUGCCUCGGCAGAAGUUCAACUCCAGAGAAGAAACAGAGAUAGAAUCAGAAGUUGAGAACUCGCCUGUCUCAAUUAAUCAGAAAUUUCGUGUCGCUCGAAAGCGCAAAAGCUCCGCGAGUCCAGUGGUAAGAAAACCAAUGCACAGAAAGAAACACAGAAGAGUUGUUAUAGCUUCUGAUCGUGAAUCAAGUAGCUCUGAAUGAGAAUAGGUUUUUAAUGUUUGAUUAUUUGCAGUAUUUGUGUUGGAUUGUCACUCUGAAAUAGCUUGUUAAUUAAAA